UAUAUUACGUAAGAAUGAGUGUAAAUACAGAUUGUAAAAAUUAUUUCCAUACAUCACAGGAAGACAAAAUGAGUAAAAUCAACACAAAGAAAGAAAUAACCAUAUCUUCUUGGAUAUGGAUUGAAAAUGUAGCUCUGACUUUAAUUAAUUUUACACAAUGGAGAUUUUAUACCGUAAGUGUUAACGAGAGAUGAGGUUGUCUUCUCAAUAAAUAGCGUCCUCACGUCUCUGAAUCUAGCACACAGAGAUAAAAUAUCACUUGUCAGUCUAAACAAACUAAAGAAAAAUAUAUUGAUAUGGAGAACCAAGUUAUGUCUUCUGCAAGCUCUUCCCUGGCCCAACUCAAAACAUGCAAUGACAUUAACGUGGCUGUGGAGGAGUCCAAGGAGACGGCAACGGAGAACAACAAUCCGGGACUAGGGUCUGAUUCUCAGGAAGUUGUGACUGAAAGGAGGAGUGAGAACCCUAGUCUCGGAUCUGGUGCUGUCCCAACAGGAAACGGCUUCAUUUGUCGCUUUUGCAAUAAGCGGUGCUCAUCCUCUCAAAGCCUAGGUGGUCACAUGAACUCGCACACGAGGGAGCUACAGUGGGAAAGGAAGCAGAAGGAGAUGGAACAACAGUUCCAUCGUCAGUGGAUAUUAAGUCAAUAUUCACAAGGUGCUUUAUCAAAUGAUAAUAAUCUUGGGAACACUUCUGAACCUUUCAAACGCAUAUGUACCGGCCUUUAUCCAUCUUUCAAUAGCGGACUCAUGGACAUGAAUAUGACCGUAGUUCCUCGCAUGGCUCCUACUGGUUUCUUCUCAGGGAACACUUUCACUAACGGUUCCUUUUCAGGGGGACUUGAGCCAAUACCCUCCUACAACAACUAUCCCCCGAUGCUCCCUAGAAACGUUCCUCCUUUUCCUCCACAUAGGACUACCAAUCUUCCUAGCUAUUGGUAUCCGCAAGAGAAUGUAUUGAACGAGGAGGAUGUCAUCUUAAAGCUAGGAAAUGACAAUAUUGUGGAGAUUGAUGAUGAUGAUGAUGACGAUGCUGUUGAUCAGCCAGAAGAAGGGCCUUCUAAGAGCUGGGGCGCUGAUCUAUCCCUUUAAGUAUUGUUUAGUUUUCAUUUUGAGGUAUCAUAUCUAUUAGAGACCUCUCUCUAUCAUAUCUAUCUCUGAAUGUUGUUUUUCUCUUCUUCUUUUUUAAUUGUACUUCAUUUUAAAUAUUCCUUUGGAUGUAGCAUCUCUUCUUCUUGUUGAUUUGCUUUUUUUUUUCUUUAUCAAUUUAUGUUUCCUUUUUCUCUGCCAUCUAUAUAUCAUGACUUCAUGAGUCAUUUAUCAUUUCGGCAGUUGUCAAAAUCCUUGGUUGGGGAAGUAAUUUAUACCAAUGUUAUGUCUCUUGAUUACAAA